GGUCCUCAACUUGUGGUUUUCGUACAGCAUUUUUCCGGGUGUUACAGUGUUACAGUGCUUGAAAAAUAUAAAUAGCAAAUUGCAAACCGUGUAAACAAAUUUCUAAGCUAGUGCACGUGCAAAAAAAAAAAACCUGGAAAAGUGUUGUUCGUUUAUUACAGCAAUGAAAGGCAGUUAAUGAUUUGCUAUUUGGAUUUUCGUUGCCGACGUCGGAUCUCUUAUACAGAUAUAGUAAACGGCGCAAUCGCCUGAACGCAACUACAUUUCCCACUGUGCAGCAGACAUAAAUUGAUGGUUCGGUAUCUGCCCGCUUAAAAGUUUGUACACGAUUCAUUCAUCAAUUAAUACAACAUGGAGGAAAUAUCCAGUCUCGACUCUUUUGGCGCUGAUUCCAGCGCAAGACCUGAAUCAGAAACGUCCAAGUUAGAGGAGGACAAUUCCAGGGAGAAAGCUGAAACAACAGCAGCCCUGCAGGAUACCCCAGCAUCACCAUCACCUGUGGAAAAUGUUGGUGCUGAUGGCGACAUAGCUGAAAAGCCACCUUCGGUGCCAGCAACAGGCGAUGAUGACGAUUUUGAGCAGAUAUCAGAGGGUUCCUUGGACACGGACGAAGGACAAUCACAAGAGAAAACUGAUGCUAGCACAAAGAAUGAUCAAAAUCUUAUAACUAAAGAUAGUGAAGAGUUGGAUGCAGCACCCAGCGCAACAGAUCCGAGCAAUGAGGAUGCGCCGGAACAAGAUGUGGAGCCAGCUGCAGCGGAUGAGGAGCAGGAGCAUUACAAUAUCGAUUCCAGUGCUGAAGCAGAUGCUCAGCAGCAACAUGAUGCCUUUGAAAAUGUAGAAGAAGACAAAGAAGUGGCCGAAAGAGAUGCUGUCGAUGGUGCACCCGCCUACAAUGAAGCAAUGGAAGUGGACGAUGGCGAGGCCGAAGGUGAUGCUGUAACGGAAGCUGCACCCGAAGUAGCAGCUGGGGAUGCUGAUGAUGUUGAAAUGCGGUCCGAAGGCGGCGACUCCCAGCAUGCAGCCGCUGAAGAAGCCGAUGCGGGCGAUAAGGCUAUUGAAGAUACGCCCUCUGAGGGCAGAGACGAAGUUGAUAGAACAGAAGAACAUAAUCAAGAUGCUUCAGCAGUCACGGACAAUCUAUCAACACAUGAAGAUGAUGAUGCCGAGGCAGAGCAAAAUGAAGAUGCAGCCGAAGGCGAACAACAAGAUGAAGCAGCCGAUGAAAGUGCUGAGCAACAAGAUGAAGCAGGUGAAGCAGAGCAAUUAGAAGAAGCUGCUGAAGCAGAGCAUGGAGAUGAUACUGUCGAGAAUGUGCUGGAGCCUGAGGAAUCUGAUGUUUGUCUCAUACCGGACGAUCCUGAAACGGAAGUAACCGAAGCCGAAAAGGAAUUGGCCCGUGAAAAUGCUGAAAAGGCAGCCGAGGAGGAAGAAGCCGCUGAGCAAACGCUGUCUGGAGCAAAAUCACCUGCCAAUGAAGUUGAAGAUGCAACAGAAGCACAAAGCGAUAAGGAUGAUGCGGCCACUAGUGUAAAUGCACCAACGGACGACUUAUCAGAAUCGGCAAACGCAGAGGCUCUGGCUGAUAAGCCAGCUGGAGCUGAUGUUUCAGAAUGUGCUGAAGCGAAUACUGCGGCUAAUGACGAUGAGGACACUCCCGAAACGGAUGCCCAGGAAGCUGAUGAGCCCAGUCACGAAGCGUCAGGAACCGCGGAAGAUGAAGCAGGAGGAACUGCCAAGAUAAUCAUCGUUUGGAUUGUGGGCAGCACACAAAAAUGUAAACAAUGCGACAACGAAAAGACCUGCGUUUAUCGCUUCAAACACAGCGAAGAGCCUGCAGAUGAGAAUGCCGAAGAGACGGCGGCAGCUGAAACAACUGCAGCCGGAGGCACUUUCGAGUAUUUGUGCGAUCAGUCGUGUUGUGAUGCAUUCUUAGCUGCGGAACCGGGUAAAUACUUUUUGCGGCGCAAGAAGUUUUUGGUCGAAGAGGUUAGUCAGGAAGCCACCAGUGGAGCUGCCGUUGAUGACGAUACAAGUGUGAAUACAGAGGCAGCAGCUGCUGAGCCUACUGAAGGUGAUGCAAUAGACGCCGGUGUAACGGAGAAGAAGCACGCCUGCCUGCAGUGCAAAGAGGAGGCAAAUUGCAAAUACUUUCUCAGACAAGAGCAGGAUACGUUCUACAUAUGCAACGACGAUUGCUUCAAUCUCUUAAAUGCCGAAGAGCCGGAGAAAUACAAGCUGAAGCGUCAUUCGAUACGCGUGCGAAACAUUGGCGCCACCACCAUACGCUCACCCAGCAAGAAGCCCGAAUCAAAUGUGGUCGCACGCACCAAUACCGAAGCGGAGGCAGCGCGUCUCGAUCGCAUUGAAAGCUUUAGACGGCGUUGCGCUGAUUGUCAGCAGGAGGUCAACGUGGGCGACAAACAGCUUAUUUGGGAGACAAUGGACUUUUGCAACGAGGUGUGUCUGGGUAGCUAUCAGCGUUCCUUUGGUGGUAACUGUGAGACCUGCAAACAGGAGGUGAGCUCCAUAGCUCUGGGGAAAUACUGUGUGCGAUUUGGCUUCGAGGUGCGUCAGUUCUGCUGCGCGGCUUGUCUUAAUACGUACAAAAAGGGACUGAAGACUUGCAGUUGCUGUCAGAAGGACAUUAGUAGCGGGCAGGAGGGAUUCCUGGCGCCCGUCGGUGACAAGGAUCAGUUCAAGGACUUUUGCUCGCAAGUGUGUCUGAGGCGUUAUGACAAUAUGUGCAAUCCCAAGAAAAAGUUGCGCACAGACAUGUGUGGCGUUUGCAACAACGAGAAGCCAGUGCGCGUAGAGAUGCUGUUGGACGAUAAAGAGCACUACUUCUGCUCGAAUCCCUGUUUUUCAGCUUUCAAAUUUGUCAGCAAUGUCAAUGCCGAUCCGUGCUCCAUGUGCUGCAAGUACUUUGAGCGAAAGAGCGCCGAUGCGUACACAAUUUACAGUAAUGAUCAGCAGACGCCGAAAAUGUUCUGCUCACGCAUCUGCAUUAAUGUGUACAUCAUUGUCAAUCGACACAUUGUCUCCUGUCAGUGGUGCAAGGUCAAGAAAUAUAAUUUUGAUAUGAUCUAUAAACAGCAAAGCGAUCAGGAGACGCUCACUUGUUCCAUAAACUGUCUGACUAUGCAUGGCGUUAGCUGUAAUAUUUCGGCACGCGCUGUCACUAAGUGCGACAAUUGCAGCAAUACAAGCACCCCGCAAUACCAUCUGACCAUGUCGGAUGCAUCAAUGCGCAACUUUUGUACAUAUCAGUGCGUAAUGCAGUUUCAAAAUCAGUUCGCCCGUACGCCCCUUACUUUGGAUAGCGAUUUGCCGUCAACGUCAGCUAGUAAGGCGCAGCAGCAGCAGCAUCUAUCCACCUCACAAGCUCGUGGCAGCAACAAAAAUGGAGCACCCUUCCCCACCGGAUUGCCCAAGCGGGUCAAAUUGAAGUUGUCACAACAGCCGUCCGGCCUAAAAAAUAAUGCCUCUGGUGGCUUAAAUAAGAAAUCAGCUGGCGGAACCGUUGUGCCCGUAAUUUCAACCGUUCAAUCUCUGGCCAGCGGCGAAACCGAGGCACGUAUUGGCAGUGUAACGGUGCGACGCAAGCGUGGUCGUAAGGCGGACUCGCCACCACCGUUGUCGGUGAGCAUUACGUCGUCCUCAUCGUCAUUGGGGGAAGUCCGUGGUCGCGGUCGUCCGCGCAAGCAUGUAGAUUAUUCUGUUGCACGGUCGCCUUCGCCGCCAUUGAAUACGCAGCCAUUGCGGCGCAACAUAAGCACUCCUAGCACCGAUUUCCCAGCGGCAAUAACGGAAACAAAGAUCAUCACUGUUCCUCCGUAUCCAAAGGCGGUUCGUAAUGUAAAUAUCAGCUGCAAGCCCAUGACUGUUUCGAUAAGCGCUCAAGUAACGCCGUCCAUGCGAGAUUGCGCCACCCAGACCGAAAAAGAUUAUUCGAACAAGGUACUAAUACCCGUACCUGUGCCUAUAUUCGUACCGCAACCGAUGUAUAUGUAUUCUGCGCCAUUCCCGGUGCCGGUGCCCAUUCCCCUGCCUAUACCGGUGCCAAUCUUUAUCCCCACGACACGAAACACCGCAGCUGGCAUUUUAAAGGAAAUUAAGAAGAUACAGGAUAAAAUGCCUGAGGACCCACUGGAGGCUGAAUUGCUGAUGAUGGCUGAAAUGGUGGCUGAAGAAAAACAUGAAUCAGACUCCGAUUCGGACAAUGAAAUAAAACCGGAUCCUGGUCUGGUCACCCUGCAAUAUCAAAAUAGCCUGGAGCAACAGCAGCAGCAACAACAACAACAGCAACAACAGGUUGUGGACGUUAACGUCGCCAGUCAUAAUCACUAUGGCGAUGAUAUGCUCCAGAUUGCCCUCAAAAUGGCCACAGGUGACUUUGAAAAUCCGCAUCAGACAACAACCGUUGAUCUUGAAUCAACAAUGACGGCCAACACGAUAACGAGUCAAUCUCCGAUGGGACAUGAUAUGGGUCAAAUGGGCGUGCAUCAUCUGGACCAACAUCACAUGUCUCCGCGAGGUCGUAAACGUGGCAGUGGCACCAUCGCCGUGAUGGACUCUCCGUCACGGAAUAGUCGAUCGCCGGUUAAAAGACAGCGCGGCAGCGAAAUGGAUCACUCGGCCCUGCAGCAACAGUCACAGCAGGCGCAGCAGCCGCAGGAGAAGCCCGAUGCACAAAUGUUCCUCAAAUACACAUUCGGUGUCAAUGCCUGGAAGCAAUGGGUGAUGACCAAGAAUGCGGAUAUCGAGAAGAGCUCGAUGCGCAGGCGACCUUUCAAGACGGAACUGCUGCAAAUGACUGCGGACGAGCUUAACUAUUCGCUCUGUCUGUUUGUUAAGGAGGUGCGCAAGCCCAAUGGCACGGAGUAUGCGCCGGAUACAAUAUAUUAUCUUGUACUGGGCAUUCAGCAAUACCUUUAUGUUAAUGGACGCAUUGACAAUAUAUUCUAUGAUCCGUAUUAUGAACGUUUUACGGAAUGCCUCGAUGAGGUGGCACGCAAAUUUUCUGUGCUUUACAAUGAUUCGCAAUACAUUGUCACACGCGUGGAGGAGGAGCAUUUGUGGGAGUGCAAACAACUAGGCGCCCAUUCGCCCCAUGUGCUGCUCAGUACGCUGAUGUUCUUUAAUACUAAGCAUUUUAAUCUAACUACUGUUGAGGAGCAUAUGCAAUUAUCGUUUUCGCACAUUAUGAAGCAUUGGAAACGUUCAUCGCAAAACUCGAAGGUGCCCGGCACACGAAAUGUGCUCUUGCGAUUCUAUCCACCGCAGGCAGGUUUGGAUGCCAAUCCGCGCAAGAAAAAGGUUUAUGAGCAGCAAGAGAACGAAGAGAAUCCAUUACGCUGUCCUGUACGUCUGUACGAAUUUUAUCUAUCCAAAUGCCCAGAGAGUGUAAAAACGCGUAAUGAUGUGUUCUAUUUGCAACCGGAACGAUCCUGUGUACCCGAUUCGCCCGUUUGGUAUUCAACGCAAGCGCUCAGCCAGGAUGCACUACAGCGUAUGCUGCAUCGCGUUAAAAUGGUCAAAGAAAUCAAUAUAGCGCUAUUGACAACUUAAUGUGUAAUUAUGCACACACGGACGCACAUACGAUUUGUAGUAUGUGAAUAAGCUCAUUUUAUAAUGACAUUUAAGGACUACGAACCUUUGGUGCUUAGCACAAGAUUAUUUGCGGGCAAAACACCAACAUAACCAAUACAACUAAACUAAGAGAUGAGCGCCUCUCCACGACUCCAAUCGUUGAAAAAAUCAUAGUUGUGUUGUAUAAGUAAAGUUAUACUUAUACAUAUAUAUAAACACUAAUAGAUAUAUAUAUAUCUAAAUUAACAUAAAUUGUUUUUACGUACUAUAAAAAGUUGUGCCCUGAGAGUAGCGCAAUAUUAGGCUCUGUAUAGAUUAUGAAUUUAA